CAGUCUGCCGGGAUGACGGCGGAUCCUGAUUGGCCCGGAAAUUCGUAGCGCCGAGUGCCCCUCCUUGAUGCACCCUUGUGCCCGACUAGGAAAAAAAAAGUUGGCGGGCUCUCAUAUAAAGAAAAAAAAAAGUUAAGAGGCGCGAAGGCGACACUCUGGAGAGCAGCGAAAAUUCGUUCGACAGAGCGCAAUCAUGGCCAUGAUUGAUGUCUCGAGGCAGAGGAGGUCGCUCCUUAGGGAUGCGGCUGUGUUGGAUCAUCUGCCCUCUGAAUUGCUUGAAAUUAUCAAGCAUCAGUCGUCGACGAAGCUCUUUGAUGCUGUAGCAGAGGCGGCGCUCUCACCAUCACUUACAGAGCGAAUCUUGGUGCAUUUUGAAGACGUUUUUUCAGACAUUUGCGCACGAUGGAUUCUCAACGCCGGCAAUGGACCACGACGCUUAUUAGUUGCCUCAGCCAUAGCUAGAAUUCUGCCGUUUGCGCCAUAUCUUUCGACUUUUCUUCGAUGUUCCGGUAAAGCUGGCGAUGGAGCCGCGCCAGGACCCUCACUUCACUUGGUGUUGCCAGCCCUCGACGCUUCACUGGGCCUGGAUGCAGAUGCAUUGUUGCAGGUUUUGCUAGCAUAUUGGAGACUUUUCAGCUUUGAUCUGAGAACUUUCAGCCCAUUGAUUUCACCCGAGUAUUUACAGAGCCUGUUUGCGCAUGAGAGCAGAGCAGUGAGAUACCUUGCGAUUCGCAUCUUCUGCCAACUGUUUCACGCCUCCGAUUACAAACUUGAAUCUCUUAUUGACACGCACGUCGGCAAUGCGAAUGCGAUUACUGCGGAUUUCGACGGUGCACCGGCGGAUUAUGGGUUUCUGUCGUUGCAUGAGCAUGCACGUGCGAAGAAGAUUGUGGCUUUACGGCAGCGAGUUGCUCGAGAAGAUCAGGAAUCCGAACACAACCACGAACCAGUCCUCCAGUCCCUCACUCAAUAUGCCGUUUCUUACGGCAAAAUCGUUCUCCCGCGACCACUCAUGCCAGAUGACAACUCCUCAGACCUUGUAAUGACGGCGACCACUACGAAUAACCUUGAACGACUUGCCGCCAUGAUUCGCAAACCCGAACCUAUCCUGCUUCACGGCCUACCCGGUGUCGGAAAGACGGCGUUGGUCCAUGAAAUGGCCAAGCAGCUUGGAAUGUACUCCAGCAUGGUUACGCUGCACUUGAACGAGCAGACCGACGCAAAGAUGCUCAUCGGCCUCUACUCGACAGACUCAAAACCAGGUAGCUUUUCGUGGCGUCCGGGUGUGCUGACCACAGCUAUUAAAGAAGGCCGAUGGGUAUUGGUGGAGGACCUGGACCGAGCCCCUACCGAAGUUCUCAGCACUUUUCUUCCCCUGAUCGAGCGAAACGAACUGUUGAUUCCGAGCCGAGGAGAGAGGAUAAAAGCUGCGAAUACCUUCCGCCUUUUUGCGACUGUUAGAACAUCCCGGGGCAUGAAUGGACGGGAGAACCUUCCUAGCAUUGUUGGCAUGCGCUUCUGGCAGUCUCUGACUACUGAGCCUAUGGUUCAAUCAGAACUGGAAGAAGUGGUUCUGCAAACCUAUCCCAUGCUGCGAAAGUUUCUUCCCGGAAUCAUUGCCGUCUUUAGUCGUCUGGCUCAAAUUAGCAACGGACCUCGUGCCUUGCCUCGCGGUCGACUAAUGGAUCGACAAAUGAACUUGCGGGAUUUGCUCAAGUGGUGUCGGCGGUUGCAAGAGUGCCUGCUGGCGGCUGGUUCAACGACUGGAGAGGAGCCCAUAACCGAAACAACGCGCGAUUGGAUGUUUAUGGAAGCUGUUGACUGUUUCGUGGGAAGCUGUCCAGAUGAUGAGCUUGGCAAGCAGCUUAUUUACGCUAUUGCCGAAGAGAUGCAUUUGUCCAAAGAACGGGCAGACCAUUAUUUGACUGCCAAUAUACCCCCUUUGGAGGAGAAUGAUGUUCAAUUCAGCAUUGGGCGUGUCCAGCUGCGGAAGAAGAAGACGGUAGCCCGACUACAAAAAUCAAAACGACCAUUUGCCAGCACUGCCCACGCUAAAAAGCUGUUGGAGCAAAUUGCUGUAGCCGUCAAACUCAACGAACCAGUACUUCUCGUUGGAGAGACGGGUAUAGGAAAAACAACAGUCGUUCAACAAUUGGCCGAGUCGCUUGGCCAUAAGCUUAUCGCGGUCAACCUUUCACAGCAAAGUGAGGUGGGUGAUCUGUUGGGUGGAUUCAAACCGGUCAACGUCCGAAGUCUCGCUGUGCCCCUGAAAGAAGAGUUUGAGGAUCUCUUUGGAGCAACGGGAAUAUCUGCAUCCAAAAACCAAAAAUAUCUCGAGCAAGUCGGAAAGUGCUUUGCUAAGGGGCAGUGGUCAAGAUUAGCCAAGCUGUGGAGAGAGGCGCCGAAAAUGUUCCUCAAGAUUGUGUCUGAACUGGAACGCAUUCAUUCGGAGAAGGCCGAGGAGAGGAAUGGGGAUGCACAGCCCACGAAGAGGCGGAAGACUCAGUCGAAGCUGCAAACUCUACUGGACCUAAAGCCUAGAUGGGAUCAGUUCGCGCGUACUCUUGAGCAGUUUGAGAUACAAAUUUCGGGCGGGUCAUCCAGCUUUGCAUUCUCUUUUGUGGAAGGAAACCUGGUAAAGGCCGUCAGAAAUGGCGACUGGGUCCUUUUGGAUGAGAUCAACUUGGCCUCACCAGAUACUCUCGAGAGCAUCACAGACCUUCUUACUGGACCGAAUGAGAAACCGUCUAUCCUUCUAUCUGAAACAGGAGAGAUUGAGAAGAUUGUGGCACACCCCAAUUUCCGCAUUUUUGGUGCCAUGAACCCGGCAACUGAUGUUGGAAAGAGAGAUUUGCCCAUUGGUAUUCGAUCUAGGUUUACUGAGCUCUACGUGAAAAGUCCCGAUAAAGACUUGAAAGAUCUCCUCACAAUCAUCAAGACAUACUUGGGCAACGGUAGCAAUAAGAACGACCAAGCGGGAGAUGACAUUGCGCGCCUCUAUCUCAACACUAAACGAAUGGCAGAAGAGAAACGAAUUGUAGAUGGAGCCAACGAAGUCCCUCAUUUCAGUCUUCGUACGCUGACCCGAGUACUGAGUUAUGUCAACACAAUAGCACCCUUCUAUGGCCUACGACGGGCCAUGUAUGAAGGAUUUUCCAUGGGAUUCUUGACGUUACUGGAUCGAAAUUCUGAAAAAAUGCUUCUGCCAUUAAUAUAUCACCACCUUCUAGACAAGCAUGGAAAUCCGCAGUCUCUUCUUUCCCAGCCCCCAAAGCACCCGGGCGAUGGUAGAAAUUAUGUCAAAUUCCAGAACCAGAGUCGUGACCGACAGUACUGGCUAUUUCAAGGAGAACAGUCCCCCAUCGAGCGAGAUGAUUACAUCAUAACACCUUAUGUGGAGAGAAAUCUACUUAAUCUUGUUAGAGCAACUUCCACGAGGCGUUUCCCUAUCUUGAUUCAAGGACCUACGUCUGCUGGUAAAACAAGUAUGAUUGAAUACUUGGCAAAUUUUACUGGUAAUCGAUUCGUCCGAAUCAAUAACCACGAGCAUACCGAUCUUCAGGAGUAUCUGGGUACAUAUGUCUCAGGACCUGAUGGGAAGCUGCGCUUCCAAGAGGGUCUCUUGGUUCAGGCUAUGCGACAGGGACACUGGAUCGUUCUGGACGAGUUGAACUUGGCACCCACUGACGUUCUCGAAGCUCUCAACCGUUUACUCGACGAUAAUCGCGAACUGUUAAUCCCCGAAACGCAGGAAAUUGUUAAGCCCCACGAAAACUUUAUUCUCUUUGCUACUCAAAACCCUCCUGGCCUUUAUGGAGGCAGAAAGGUGCUAUCCAGAGCGUUCCGAAAUCGAUUCCUCGAAUUGCAUUUCGACGAUAUUCCUGAAGACGAGCUGGAGUUCAUUCUCCAGCAGCGUAGCCGCAAUACCUCGCCUCCUGACUGCAGACGCAUUGUCAAUGUCUACAAGGAACUGUCGCGCCUCCGCCAGACGAGCAGACUCUUCGAGCAGAAAGACAGUUUUGCUACUCUUCGAGAUCUGUUUCGAUGGGCCCUUAGAAAGGCAGAUACUCGUGAAGAGAUUGCCGCGCAUGGAUUUAUGCUCCUGGCCGAAAGAGUGCGCAACGACGAGGAAAGAUUAGCUGUGAAACAAGUCAUAGAGAAAGUGUUCAAAGUUACGCUAAAUCCUCAUGAUCUUUACUCUGCAGAAUUGGCGCCAGAACUGAAGCAUCUUACCGGCCGAUCCAAUGCGCAGGGCGUUGUCUGGACCCACGCAAUCAGGAGGCUGUAUGUGCUGGUGUCUCGCGCUUUACAGAACAAUGAGCCUGUUCUCCUGGUUGGUGAAACUGGAUGCGGUAAAACAACUGUUGUCCAGCUGCUCGCCGAGGUUUUGGGUAGACAAUUGCAUAUUAUUAAUGCCCACCAAAACACAGAAACUGGAGACAUCAUUGGUUCUCAACGCCCUAUAAGAAACAGAGGUGCUAUCCUCGAGGCUCUAGAUGUUGAUGUGACUGAGGUUUUGAAACAGUGCAAUGUUGAUACCUCUGGCUCGGCAGCAGAUAGACUGGAGAGGUAUAAGUCGCUUGGCAAUGCAGUCCUCGAGAGCAUCCCGGAACAGACUAAAGAGCGGAUAGCAUCGAAUGAGACCAGAAGCAUGGCUCUAUUCGAGUGGUCAGAUGGUGCUCUUGUUGAGGCUAUGCGAGGUGGUCAUUUCUUCCUUCUUGACGAAAUCUCAUUAGCUGAUGACUCUGUUUUGGAACGACUGAACUCAGUUCUUGAACCUCAAAGAACACUUCUUUUAGCCGAAAAGGGAGUGGAUAAUUCAUUUGUUGUUGGUGCAGACGGCUACCAGUUCUUUGCUACCAUGAACCCUGGCGGUGACUUUGGUAAAAAGGAACUUUCUCCAGCUCUGCGAAACCGUUUCACCGAAAUAUGGGUUCCUCCUUUGUCAGAUAGUGACGAUAUCUACGACAUAACUCGGACAAAACUGACAGAGGGCGCCAAAACCUAUGCAGAAGCUGUUGUCAAAUUUGCGGCUUGGUUUGGCGCCACGUUUCGACCUAUGGCUACUGCCCCAUUCUCCGUACGUGAGGUUCUUGCUUGGGUUCAGUUCAUUAAUUCAUCUACAGAUGAGGACGUUGUCCUCUCAAUUGUCCAUGGUGCUGCUGCUAUCUUCGUAGAUAGCUUGGGUGCUAACCCUUCCGCUAUCCUGGCGACGGAUAUCAACGCCAUUCACCGCCAGCGGGUGGAAUGCUUGAGCAAAUUGGGAGAGCUACUUGGCCGAGACGUUACCACUACUUAUCAAACACAGCCCGAGCUUACUGUCACUGAUUCUAGCUUGACUAUUGGAGGGUUCAGUGCGCCUCGAACAGAGGCUGCUUCAAAUCCUUCAAGUUUCGCUUUCCAUGCACCAACGACACGACUAAACGCGAUGAGAGUCAUUCGAGCUAUGCAAACACAGAAACCUAUUCUGCUAGAAGGAAGCCCUGGUGUUGGAAAAACUUCUUUGGUUGUCGCAUUAUCUCAAGCGUGCGGCCGACCGUUGACAAGAAUCAAUCUGUCAGAUCAGACUGAUUUGAUGGAUCUUUUCGGAACGGAUGUUCCUGUCGAGGGAGAAGAGGCGGGUAACUUUGCAUGGCGAGAUGCACCUUUCCUCCAAGCGAUGCAGAAGGGUGAAUGGGUUCUUCUCGAUGAGAUGAACCUUGCUUCGCAGUCUGUUCUUGAGGGUUUAAACGCCUGCUUGGAUCACCGUGGAGAGGUGUACAUCUCGGAACUUGAUCAGGUGUUCAAGCGCCAUCCCAACUUCCGUCUCUUUGCUGCCCAAAAUCCCCACCAUCAAGGCGGUGGCCGAAAGGGACUCCCUGCUUCCUUUGUCAACCGAUUUGUCGUUGUAUAUGCCGAUGUUUUCAAGGAUGAUGACCUCAAGCUGAUUGCCAGCCACAGCUUCCCACAGCUGUCCGACGAAGUCGUCGGUUUGCUGAUCCAGUUUGUAUCGCAGAUUGAACAUCACCUCCUUGUCGAGAAGUCUUUUGGCGCACAAGGUAGCCCGUGGGAGUUCAAUCUUCGAGACGUGCUCAGAUGGCUCAACCUGCUGAGCUCGUCAGAUCCGCUCCUGAAAACCCGGCAUGUUGAAGACUUCCUUGACAUCGUAAUCAGACAGCGAUUCCGGACUGAAGCCGACCGUGCGGAGGUGGGCAAGAUAUUCCGACGGGUUAUUACAUGGCAGCCUCGUUCUCGUCACUUCUAUCAUGACCUCGGCUCUCAGUUUGGCCAGGUUGGUCUUGCUCUAUUGGACAGAAAUUUGAGCUCCCAGCCAGAGAGACUACCCAGCAUUGAUAUCGUACCACGGCUCCCAGAACUUGAGUCCAUAAUGCUCUGUGUAAAGCAGGAUAUCCCUUGUAUUCUCAGCAGUCCUUCCGGAUAUGGUAAAUCUGUGUUGUUAGAGUAUGUUGCAGCUCUUGCCGGAAAGCCGCUUGUUGUGUUCCCCAUGAAUGCGGAUAUUGAUACUAUGGAUCUUGUUGGAGGCUUUGAGCAAGCUGAUCCCUUACGCGAGAUCAACGCUACUAUCCGAAACUUGAGGGAUUUCUUGCAGCAGUCUAUCAUGUCGGUUGUUCCUGCUCAAACUCCAAGCAAUGUUCUGCAGCUGCUUUAUCAACUCGACAGCUAUAAUGGCGAUAGCGAUAGUAUUGCUUCCAUUCGUGCCUCCAUCGAAACUUUACUCCAGCAGAUUGCCGAGGGCUCUGAAGUGUAUAUGUCGCUUUCCCGAGCUCUAGACAUCCUCCGCAGUCCCCUGGUCCUCUCAAAUCCUCGCUUCGAAUGGCUUGAUGGAGUAAUUGUAAAGGCAUUAGAGACUGGCCAGUGGCUCGUCCUGGAUAACGCCAAUAUGUGCAACGCUUCCGUUUUGGAUAGAUUGAACUCUUUGCUUGAGCCCAAUGGGUUCCUUAGCAUCAACGAGCACUGUGGUCCUGGAGGAGAACCUCGAAUUGUUAGACCUCACCCGGAGUUUCGUAUUUUCUUGACCAUGGACCCCCGCCAUGGUGAACUUUCUCGUGCUAUGAGGAAUCGUGCCAUUGAGAUUCACAUGUACACCCCACCGCCUGUCAUGGAUGCAAGCCUUGCUAGGAUGUCGCAUGUAGAGAGCUCCCUCCAGCGAUACCUCAAAUCCACAGAGUAUUCGGAUGCCUUAUUUUCCGAAGAAGCUGAUGCAGAGGCUAGCCAAGUUUCUCUGGAGAACCUUUCUAUCAAAGACGUAGCUCUCCUUCCAAGAUUCGCAAAUUCGACUACAACUGACCGUGCCUCAUACUUGAGCCUUGUACAAGAAUUCUUAAGCUUUUUAGAAUCGCCGUUGGGAUCUCGGUUGCAGCUAUCUCUCAAGGAACUGUAUUCUCACCUGGCGGGCACUGCUUCUGAUGCUCUAGCUAAUUCUCAGCCGCUUCACCCCCUUAAUAACAUUACUGUUGGUAAUAUGCUUCCUUCUGUCGACGCGGCUAGGUGGAACGCUGCUCGUUACGAUACCUACCGUCACCUGUAUCAGAUUCAAAACAUUAUCACUGCGCAACAGUCACAGGCUCGUUCAUCAAAGCUGGUCUCCUUGAACAGACUGCAGAGAUCUCUCAUUAGUGAUCGUGUUGCUGCCGUAUCAAAAGACUCUACUGUGAAGAUUGGUUUCUUUAUUUCUUCACUUCUGAAUGCUUUGACGGAAUUCUUUGGACUUGAAAUGUUGUCAUAUGACACUUUGGAGGUGAGUACCAAAUAAAAUGAUUUGGCUGGAAUGGCGCGAAAAGCUGCUAAUUCACUAUAAUAGGGCACUCAGUUCAUCAGAGCUAUCCGUUGCUAUAUCGAUCGCACGAUUGCUCUUGCAACGAGGGCUGAUUUUGAUGAAGCCACAUUCCAAGCU